GUCAGCAUCCCCCUAGUGACGUUGGCAGUCGCCACGAUAGCGGGUAAUUUUGCGCCUGUGCCGAGUCUGUUGCCAACUCACAGCAUUGUGCAGAUCGCAGAGGUGGAGUGUCCAUCUGGUCGGUUCAUCAUCGACACAAGCAUUAGGUUCCUUCUGUCGCUUACUUGCAUCUUGUUCAACAUUGCCUUGUCCCCUCGGUAG